CAGAUCAGCAAUUACCUUAUAUAUUAUGCUCAGACUUCUUGACGCCACAGGAGUUCUGUCUCUGUGGCUUAUACGUGCCAGAGAAAUGUUACCAAAAUAAUUUUAUGUAUCAGUACAAAAUACGACACCACACGUUUUCCAAAUAAAAGUUACAAAUAAGCAUAACUGUAAAUUAUGCCAAAUAUCAGACAUUUUGAGUCACAAAUGAAAAGCUCGGCAGCCACAGGGACUGACAGUGGAUUGGUCAACAUCCAUUGCCAGGUGCGUUUAAGCCAAUCAGUGGGCGUGGUUUCAGGUCACCUGUGGACGCUAUAAAUUGUUUCCGGUCGCUCCAUUGCUUUUGGAUGCGUGAGCUCUUGUUGAAUACGCACCUGGCCUGAAAUUUUCUUUAGCCAUGACUUCUUCAAGGCCAUACAUUGGCUGUAAAAUAGGAUUAAUUUCAAAAGCCCAAAAUCGUUAUGAGGGGAUUUUGUACACAAUUGAUAAAGUAAACUCCACAGUAGUGCUGGCAAAAGUCAAAUGUUUUGGAACGGAGGGACGACCCACUGACAGACCAACACCACCCAAAGAUGAUGUCUAUGAGUACAUCACUUUCCGGGGAAGUGAUAUUAAGGAUAUCACACUGUGUGAACCUCCAAGAUCUCACCAUGGCCUGCCUCCGGAUCCUGCAAUAGUACAGUCAUCCAAUGCAGGUUCUUCAGGCGUCUACUCACCUCUUGGUCCAUUUAGCCCCCUAAGGAUGCCUGCCUAUAACCAGCUUGCUGCCAACUCUCUGCUUAAUCAACAGUAUGCUGCAGCUCUUGGCCUUGGGCCUAUGCUUCCAGGCUUUCAUGUUAGAAGGGGCCCCAUGGUGGAAAAGGCUGUUCAAACUCUCCAAAUGGAAAGGUCUAGGCAGAGGAGAGGUCUGACGGCAUCCCAGGAGCAGGAACAGCGGUGGGAUAGGAGGCGGCCCCAGAGGACCAGAGGAGAGAGUUCCAAGACCAGAAGGGGUACUGGAACCACGAUGAAGUCAGGUCCAGUUGUGCCUGAAGCUCAGCAGGAAACUCAGCAGCCAAACGAUGAAAACAGACCUCCUCCCAGAAGAAGACAAGGAGCUCGGAGGCGCAGGAACCGUAGUAGAGGCCAGUUGUUGGUGGCUAAUGCUCCAUCUGCCACCCUUAAGUUUGACACAGACUUUGAUUUUGAUUCUUCAAAUGCACAGUUCAUGAAGGAGGAACUGGAGAGGGAAGGACAGGACAGGUUGAAUAUGAAAGACGGAAAUCAUGAGGUAGAAGAGAAAGAGGAAUUUCCCUCGACUGCAGAAGAGGAUCAUUUUGGACCAAAAUGCUAUUAUGACAAAGCAAAGUCCUUUUUUGAUAACAUCUCAUCUGAUAACAAAUUCAGACUAACAUGGGCAGAGGAGCAGAAGCGCAAUCUGGAGACUUUUGGGGUCCCUGGACGGUUUCUGAGGGGCCAGGUUUUCAGAGGUGGAUAUACUGGACGAAGAGGACGGGGCACUGCUCAGACUCUCCCUUCUUACAGAACCAGGAGUGGACAGCUGUAAAGGUCAGCUUUUCAUACCAGGGCACUAAAGCAACCCUAUCCCCGCAACCUCCAGUGAUUAUUUCCCCUAUGUAUAACAAAUGGAGUUGUUACCCAUUUACCUAUCUCAGUGCCUUUUUGGCAUGAUGAUCAGCAAAAUCAUUGCUGUUGGCACUGUAUGAAGAAGGGAUCUUUUUGUUUUUCUGCCUUAGGCACUUAUCCUGCACCCAUAUUGCCAGGAUUUAUUUUUAUUUUGUCAUUUGGCUCCAUUUCGAAUAUGUAUGCAUGGUGUACUAAAUGUUGCGCUGUGUGGAAAAUAUUUUUUCUCCCCUCAGGAUAUUUGCCUGAAGAGUUUUUUUUUUUCCUCUGUUAAAUGGGAAGUAAACAUUGACGUUUUGUUUUGUUUAGUUUUCUUCUACUUGAGAAAUUUCACUCCUAAUUAUGUUGGUUUCGUGUUCCAAAAUGUAGCUGGCUUUGCAUCUUGCCAGUACUCAUCAUAAUUUGUAUUUAUAUUUAAUUUAUAAACGUUGUAAACUAUAAAUAUUAUCAACAUAAAAUGAACUAUGCUUAAAUGUAUUUAAAUGCAAAAUCUUGUACAUUGCUUAAUUCAGUCAUA